AUGAUGAAACGCACAGGACCCAGGCUUGGGCCAGAUGAGCCUACACCUAUGUCACAGAGUCCUGCUCAGAUUCAGCAGGCUGGUGCAAGCAAUAUGCAUACCUUAGCUCAAUCAGCGCAACCUCAGAUGUUAGGUGCAACAACAAUGCUAUCAGUAAGCAACGCGUUUAAUCGUGGUCCGCCAAGACCAGCGGGCCCGCAAGUGAUCAAUUAUUUAAAGGCGAACACUGUGCAAUACGCACCACCGCCCAAGCAACAACAGCAAGUUCCGCCCAGGCUCAAGCUGGUAACCCAACCCACCACCUUGAGCAUGAGCGGGCGCCAGUCUCCUGGCGUGGGAGGAGUGCCGGGAGCUCCAGCGGGGGCUAGCUUCCAACGCCUCAAGGUAGAGGACGCUUUGUCGUACCUCGACCAAGUGAAAUACAGGUUUAACACUCAGCCGCAAGUCUACAACGACUUUUUGGACAUCAUGAAGGAAUUUAAGAGCCAGACUAUAGACACACCGGGGGUUAUCACCCGGGUAUCAAACCUGUUCAAAGGACACCCAGAGCUGAUUGUCGGGUUCAACACCUUUCUGCCUCCGGGUUACAAGAUUGAGGUGCAGAGUAAUGGACAGGUUUCGGUGUCUAUGCCUUCUCCCACGGGAGUAGGAGUACUGCCACCAGUCCCAGGUGGUAACGUUACGAAUGUCCCAUCCGGGCCUCAUACACCACAUGGCCCAGUGCCCAGUUCCGGGCAAGUGUUAUUGGGAGUACACCAUGCGCCGGCGCAGCCUCAGCUAGUUCAUAUAUUACCAGUGCAACAGUCGGUGAGCCAAGUGGUGCAUAAUCUGUCUGUGGCACCAAGUGCUGCGAACACAUUGCACCAUAUAUCUCAAGCUCAUCAACAAAUUGAGGCAGCUGCUAUUCAUCAUACAAGUGGUGGUGCUACAAACACAAGCGUACACUCGGCCGCCGGACAACAACCUGUGGAGUUCAACCACGCUAUCGAAUAUGUUAAUAAAAUUAAGUCUCGUUUCUCCCGUCAACCGGACAAAUACAAGAGAUUCCUGGAGAUACUCCAUGCUUAUCAGCGAGGUCAUCGCGACGUGAAAGAGCCUCAGGCCAAACAGCAGACUGAGCAAGAAGUUUAUUCCCAGGUCGCAAAGUUGUUCGAGAACCAAGAAGACCUAUUGGCGGAGUUCGGGCAGUUCCUGCCCGAUGCAAAAGCCGUCACGAAGCCGCCUCAUUGCCCUCCGCAUAAUAGGACACCGCCGCCACCCUCGCGAGUGGAACCCGAACCUGAAAGAUUUACAAGUGCCGCAGCUGCAUCGCCUCCACUUUCGCAACAUACGAUACACCAUCAACAGGUACCCAAACACACCAGCACAAGCAAUGUGGCAGCUGCACCCCCUCAGCAUCAUCAUCUCAAGAGAUCACCGAGCUUCUCAUCAUCUACUCCACUUGCUUCCGGAGCCCCUCCACCCAAGAAGCCCCGGGCUUCGGUGCCUGGGACUACGCCCUCAACUCCCCCCACGAGCCUUCGCGAUGUCUCCUACGCAGAGGCAGCUAAACUGGCAACUGCGCACGAGUAUAACUUCUUCGAUCGGGCUAGAAAGGCUCUCAGAUCGCAGCAAGUGUACGAGAAUUUCUUGAGGUGCAUCCUUCUCUUCACAAACGAGAUUAUAUCAUCAUCGGAGUUAAUCUGUGUGGUGUCUCCAUUCCUCUGCCGUCAUCCAGAGUUACAGAAAUGGCUGCAGGACUUCCUUGGACCCAUUUCACCGCCCCAUACCCCAACAGCGCCUAGUUCAGGGUACAACAACACAAGCGGGUCAUCAACUCUCCUAGGCUACGAGAGGUCUCGCCUGGCCUCCGAGAGCAAAGCCCGAGUGGAGCCACUCGUGCCUAUACACGCCGCUUUGCCACUCACUGCUACAUUACGCCAUGAUCGACCUCCUACCGAUAAUAAUAUGGAGCUUGAUCUAUCAACUUGUAAACGGCUGGGCACAUCCUAUUGCGCUCUGCCAAGAGAGGCCGCAGCUAGGCGUUGCUCUGGAAGGACGGCUCUAUGUAAAGAGGUGCUAAAUGAUACAUGGGUAUCAAUUCCUACUUGGAGUGAAGAUUCAACGUUUGUCACAUCUCGAAAGACUCAAUACGAAGAGUAUAUCUAUAGAUGUGAAGAUGAGAGGUUUGAGCUGGACGUGGUGAUAGAAACGAACGCCGCCACCAUACGUGUCCUAGAGGGUGUUCAGAAAAAGUUGUCCCGAAUGACGUCCGAAGAAGCCGCCAAGUACCGCCUCGACGACUGCCUGGGAGGCCACUCGCCGACCAUCCACCAGAGGGCGCUGAAGCGGAUUUACGGUGAUAAGGUGGCGGUGGACAUAAUUGCCGGUUUGAAGAAAAACCCAGUUGUGGCCGUACCAGUUGUAUUAAGACGGCUCAAAGCCAAGGAGGAGGAAUGGAGAGAGGCGCAAAAGGGCUUCAACAAGCAAUGGCGGGAACAAAACGAGAAAUAUUAUCUCAAAUCGCUCGAUCAUCAAGGGAUCAAUUUCAAACAGAACGAUCUGAAGGCGAUGCGAUCGAAAUCCCUCUUUAACGAAGUGGAGAGUGUGUAUGCGACGAGAAGACCCGGGCCGCAUUAUAUAGCUGAUUAUAACAUGGCCAAUAGGCAAGAAGCUAUAAAAAUAGUCCGAGACGCCGCUGAGCUGCUGAUCCACCACGCCAGAAGGCAGACGGCGAUACAGAAGGCGGAGAAGCGACGCAUCAAGCAACUCUUGAGACAGUUUUUGCCCGAUUUGUUCGCACACCCGAGGCAACCACUUUCGGAUGACGAGAGAGAUGAUGAAGAAAAAGAAGAAGCCACAAGUCCCGGCAGCCCUGGGCAACACGAUGAAAUUACAAAACAGGAGAAACAAGAGUCAUCGGAAUCUGACAACGCGUCAGAAAAGAGUACGAGGCAUAAUAAGAUCGACAAGGAGAAUAAACCCAAGAACAACAAUAAUACAGAAACAAAAGAUUCUCUCAUAAAACGUGGCAUUUGCAAUGAAGAGAGUGUUAAAGAUAUAAAAAACGAAAUGGACAUUGAAGACUUCAGAGAUUAUCCACCCAAUGAAGGCCGAUUCGUAUGCACAUCGUCGUGGUACUUGUUCCUUCGGCUCCACGCGAUCUUGUGUUCUCGCUUGUCCGGGGCCCGACGAGCUGCUCUCGCCUUAGCGGAGGCCGAGUCGGUGGGAGCUAACGGACGACCCCCCAGCGUAGCGGCUGCGCUACGACUGAAACCGCAUAACCUACCGUCCGAGGUGUCGUCUCCAGCGGAGUAUUACAACACAUUACUAGAACUGGUAAAAGGUGUGUUAGAUGGCAACACUGAGGCAUCCGCGUACGAGGACGCGGCGAGAGAAAUGUUUGGCAUCAAGGCCUAUCCUGCCUAUACACUGGAUAAAGUUGUUUCAACAGCUGUUAGACAGCUCCAACAUUGCGUAUCGGAGAGUUGGUCAGUUCGUGCUGCAGAACUGGCAGCGCGAGGAGGAAUGCGAGGUCCUCUUUCCUACGUCUAUAAGGCUGCUAAAUAUCUACGACCAGAACAUACUACCUUCCUUGUUAAAGUGUAUAGCGGCAACGAGUGCAAAGUGACGUUCGAGUUGUUGGAGCCGGCGGGUGAAGGGAGAACGUCACCGCAGCUGAAUAACGACGGAAGUCGGCUCUCGCCCACUAAUCAGUGCGGUCGCGAAAACGGUCCAUCUUCGGUGUCAGCGGCGGCCGCCUGGUCCCGAUACACGGAGCGCUUCGCUCGCCCCGAUACGCCAGCUCGGUACCACAAGCCCGUGUUUCUGAGGCGAAACGCUCGGAAGAACGGCGGAGGGGAACUCAUAGCCACCUCCAGUACGGGGCUGCGGCAUCAGCCGCCCACUGUUAGGAGGAGGAAGCCCUUGCGCCUUCACGACCACUCGGAGUGUACUAUUUCAAAUCCUAUACGUUUCGUCGCCUGUCGUCCUCACCAGUUGUACCGCGCGGGAUGUCUGUCGAGCGCUCGAGCGUCCCAACAGCGUCUCUCGGCGACGAGAAGAGAGAGGUUCAGAGCCUGGCUUGCCUCCACGCAGAGACCCACUUAA